CUGAGGUCCCCAGCGUGACCACGGAAGUUGAAUCUGUCUUCCUAAAUACUUCCGGUAGGUCACAUUUCCACGGUUUUGGAAGAAUGGCGGAUAUGGACGAACUAUUCGGUAGUGAUGGAGACAGCGAUAAUGAUCAACGAGAUUCUGCUUCAGGCUCCGGUUCUGACUCUGAGCAAGAGCGACCUCGUUCUGCCAGCAACGCAUCUGGCAGUGGUAGUGACAGUGAGAGAGAACGAGAUGACGACGACGAAGAUGAAGGCCAGGAGGGUGGAAAACCCAGUAUAAAUAAGGAACUGUUUGGAGACGACAGUGAGGAAGAGCACAGUCAACACAGUGGCAGCGGACGUAGCGACAACCAGUCUGAGCGAUCGGGCAACCAGUCCGACGCCAGCGUGCACUCGGAUCAGGCUGAGAACGAACACUCUGAUGCAGAGCAGCACAGUGGCUCGGAGCGUGGCCAUCGAGACGAUGAGGAGGAGGAUGAGGAAGAUGGAGGCCGCCGCUCAGAUGGCGGAAGCCCGGCAGGCAGUGGGAUGUCUGGAGGGGGGAGUCCUCGCUCUGAGAGGGGCAGCAUCCGCUCUGACAGAAGCAUUCACAGUGACCUUGGAACCCCGCGGUCGGGUGGGGCCACCCCUCACUCUGAUGGAGAAGGGUCAGGCCAGGAGAAUCAUUCUGAUGAUGAGAAGUGGGACGGCAGGGUUAAGAGUGACCAAUCAGAAGACGAAGAGGAGAAACGGCAAUACUCGGACGAAGAAAGGGAUAAUUCAGACGAUGAAGGCCCCAGGAACAGAAAGUCAGAAUUUGCGAAAGGAAGCGAUAGUGAAGAUGAUUUCCUCCACAGGAGAAGCAAAACAAAAGCUGCUUCAGACUCAGAUUCUGACAGUGACAUUGGUGGAAAUGAAAACAAAAAGGCUGUAGCGGAUGACCUGUUCGGCGAAGCUGACGAUAUCUCCUCUGACAGUGAUGCAGAAAAGCCUCCGACCCCAGGACAGCCCAUGGAUACGGAAGAUGGUUUGGAAGGGGAGCAAGCAGAGGAGGAGCCUGUGCCUGAGACUCGUAUCGAAGUCGAGAUCCCCAAAGUCAGCACUGACCUUGGCUCUGACCUUUACUUUGUUAAGCUGCCCAACUUUCUCUCUGUGGAGCCCAGGCCUUUUGACCCACAGUACUAUGAGGAUGAAUUUGAGGAUGAGGAAAUGCUGGAUGAAGAAGGACGCACCAGGCUGAAGCUGAAGGUGGAGAAUACCAUUCGUUGGCGAGUCAAGCGCGACGAGGAGGGAAUCGAAACACGCGAAAGCAACGCACGCAUUGUCAAAUGGUCCGACGGGAGCAUGUCCCUCCACUUGGGGAAUGAAGUGUUUGACGUUUACAAAGCACCACUCCAAGGAGACCACAACCACCUGUUCAUCCGCCAGGGUACUGGCUUGCAGGGACAGGCUGUGUUCAAAACCAAGCUCACAUUCAGGCCUCACUCCACUGACAGCGCCACACACAGGAAAAUGACUUUGUCUCUGGCUGACCGCUGUUCCAAGACACAGAAGAUCCGAAUCCUCCCGAUGGCUGGACGAGAUCCAGAGUCGCAUCGCAAUGAAAUGAUUAAGAAAGAAGAGGAGCGCCUGCGAGCGUCUAUCCGUAGAGAGUCGCAACAGAGGAGAAUGAGGGAGAAGCAGCAUCAAAGAGGCCUGAGCAGCAGCUACCUAGAGCCCGAUCGCUACGACGAUGAAGAAGAGGGGGAGGAGUCCAUCAGCUUGGCGGCCAUCAAGGGCAAAUACAAAGGAGGAGGCGGCUUGAGAGAGGAACGAGCGAGGAUAUACUCAUCAGACAGCGAUGAAGGCUCUGAUGACGACAGGGCCCAGAGACUGAUGAAGGCCAAAAAGCUUGACAGUGAUGAGGAGGGUGAGGGGUUAGGCAAACGAAAGGCAGAGGACGAAGAGGAAAUAGCCACAAAGAAGGCCAAGAAAUAUGUAAUCAGUGAUGAGGAAGAUGAAGAUGAAGAAGAGGAGGAGGAGGAAGAAAGGGAAGAAGUGGAGGAAGAAGAAGACGAUGAAUAAAACGCUCUCAGUGCCCGGCCCAACAUCCAUCCCUUGUUUUGUAUAUAUUUUUAAGGAAAGCUCCGUGUAGGUGUGCACAAUUGUUGAUGUUGUGUACAGCUGAAGUGAGAAAUAAAUGUCUUAUGUAAUAAACAUUCCUAAAGCC